GGAAGGCAGCCGGCGCUCCGAGGUCUCGCGCAAGCCGCCGGCAGCCCCAGCCCGCCCAGCCCCUCUCGCCGCCGCUUUCCGGCCCGCGCAAGCCCCGCGCGCCCUGCCAUGCGCCGCGCUGCCCGGCCGGGAGCGCGCAGCCCCCCAUGACCCCGCGCGGGCCGCGCCGGAGACAGCCAGGAGGCGGCGGGGGCGGCCGCCCGCCUUGCGCCCCGGCCUGCCCGCUCUGCCGCCGCCGCCGCCACAGGGGCCCCGCGCCCAGGAUGAUCCCCUACUUCUCGACCGACGCCGUCAUCUCGCAGAACGCUAUCAACCAGCUCAUCAGCGAAAGCUUUCUCACGGUGAAAGGCGCUGCCCUCUUCCUGCCGCGCGGAAAUGGAUCCUCCGCCCCCCGGGUCAGCCACCGGCGUAACAAGCACGCAGGAGACCUCCAGCAACACCUUCAAGCCAUGUUUAUGCUGCUCCGCCCAGAGGAUUAUAUCCGGCUGGCGGUGAGGCUGGAAAGCACCUAUCAAAACCGCACCCGGUACAUGGUGGUGGUCUCGACGAAUGGCCGGCAAGACACGGAGGAGAGCAUCGUCCUGGGGGUGGAUUUCUCUUCCAACGACAGCACCGUUUGCACAAUGGGGCUGGUCCUGCCACUCUGGAGCGAUGCCCUUAUCCACCUGGACGGCGAUGGGGGCUUCAGCGUUUCAACCGAUAAUCGGAUACACAUCUUCAAGCCGGUGUCUGUGCAGGCCAUGUGGUCUGCCCUGCAGAGCCUCCACAAAGCCUGUGAAGUGGCCCGGAUCCACAACUAUUACCCCGGCAGCCUGUUCCUCACCUGGGUCAGUUACUAUGAGAGCCACAUCAAUUCCGACCAGUCAUCGGUCAACGAGUGGAAUGCCAUGCAAGAUGUCCAGUCCCACCGCCCGGAUUCCCCGGCCCUCUUCACGGACGUCCCGACGGAGCGCGAGCGGACGGAGCGCUUGAUCAAGACCAAGCUGCGGGAGAUUAUGAUGCAGAAGGAUCUGGAGAACAUCACGUCCAAGGAGAUCCGCACGGAGCUGGAGAUGCAGAUGGCGUGCAACCUGCGGGAGUUCAAGGGGUUCAUCGACAACGAGAUGAUUGUCAUCCUGGGCCAGAUGGACAGCCCCACGCAGAUCUUCGACCACGUCCUUCUGGGUUCGGAGUGGAACGCCUCCAACCUGGAAGACUUGCAGACCAGAGGGGUGAGGUAUAUUUUGAACGUCACUCGGGAGAUCGAUAAUUUCUUCCCGGGCGUUUUCGAAUACCACAACAUCCGGGUUUACGACGAAGAGGCGACGGAUCUGCUGGCUUAUUGGAACGACACCUACAAAUUCAUCUCCAAAGCCAGGAAGAACGGCUCUAAGUGUCUGGUUCACUGCAAGAUGGGAGUCAGCCGGUCAGCCUCCACUGUGAUCGCCUACGCCAUGAAAGAGUACGGCUGGAACCUCGACCGGGCCUACGACUACGUGAAGGAGCGCCGCACUGUCACCAAGCCCAACCCCAGCUUCAUGCGCCAGCUGGAGGAGUACCAGGGCAUCCUCCUGGCCAGCAAGCAACGCCAUAACAAGCUGUGGCGGUCGCACUCCGACAGUGAUCUCUCGGACCACCACGAGCCCAUCGGCAAGUCUGGGAUGGAGGUCAGCAAAAAGGAAAUCACCACCUCAGCCGACCGGAUCUCCGAAAACAAGUCUCCUAGCAGCCACGUGGCGCUGCCAGCGGGGCUCCCUGCCGGCCCACACAGGCCGCUGCUGUGCCAUUUGGGGCCUGGCCCUGUGGGGAGCCUGUCUGGCCAGGAGAGGGUGAUCCUGCUAGAAGUUGCGCCCAGAGAUUUCAGUGCCGAGCAGAUGGAAGACCAGCUGAACUUGAACAACAUCAACGGGUGCCCCUCUGGGUGCUGCCCGGGGGACGCCAAGUCUCCCCUGGACAACUGCCACGCGUCAGGUGCCUUGCUGCAGCGAGAAGGCGCCCUGGACCCGGCCAGUGGGUUUCCUGGCUUGGCUGUGGAUGAUUUGGAGAACGACGCCCUCAAGCCCGGCGACGGGAACGUCCACCUGGUGCCCAUGGAGGAGCUGGCGUCUUGCCUGCAAGACACGCCGAGCCCGCCACCCGAUCUUUCUCAGCCGGAGGAGGAGGAGGAGGAGGAGGAGGAGGAAGCGGAAGCAGCGGCCGGAGACUUUGGGACGGAUCGGAUUGACUUCUUCAGCGCCUUGGAGAAGUUUGUGGAACUCUCUCAGGAGAACAGGCCACGAGCCUCGUCCAGUUCCAGGGCAGAAGAGCCGGGCAACGGGCGGAACGGGCCCCCCAGGACCUCUGAGUUGGAGCUGCUGCCUCCCGAUCCCACAGAGCAAGCCCAGCAAAGUGCCUCUGCGGGCAGCUCCCCGCCAGUGUCAGAGGCCUCCUCUCUGGAGGAGGAGCAGCCAAAGCUCUCGGAGCCGGAGCACCCUGUUGGCCUGAUCCGGUCCCAUUCCCCUGUCGUUUCAGUCAAGGAGAUUGUCACCGAGAUCGAGUCCAUCCAGCAGGGAGGAGGGCAGGGGCCUGCCAAGGCAGAGGCCACCAGCAACCCGGUCCCGGUGCCCAAGAAGGCGCCCCUGCACGAGGUGCCGGCUGAGGCGAUCUGUCCUUGGGAAAACAAGCUGGGGAAGAAGGGGGAGGAGGGCGGGGAGGGGGCUGGGCCGGUCCCAAGGGAAGCGGCUCAAGAGCCUUCAAAACCGGACCCCGAAGGGGCUUUGGUCCCCCCAGCGCCUUCCCCAAGGCCAGACGUGGAAGGGAGGGGGCUGGCCGAAGACCCGGCCGAGGGCCAAGCACUGCCUGGGCCCAAGUGGUGCCCCGGCUCUGUCCGACGGGCCACCCUGGAGUUGGAAGAGCGCCUCCGGCAGGAGCAGCAGGACCUGCAGCUCGCACCCCCCGUCGCCCUCUUCCCCGCCAGAAAGAACUCCAGGAACGAACCUCCGGGGGCCGACCUCGCCGGGAGGGGCAAGCAGGAGGAGCCGCCUCCCGAGCUGGCCCAGCCCUUGAGGGUCAAGGAGGCCUCGAGGGCCGGGAGCAGUGUGGGGCCCGGGGCCAGCUCGGAGCAGCCGGCCGAGCCUUCUCGCCCCCCUGAUGGCCCUGCAGAGGCGGCCGGAUCGGCCCGGGAGCACAGGAUGGUGCUUUGGAUGGACAGCGAGGAGGGGUCUCCGCUCUUCAGCCCCCUCCCCAAGAGAAUCGAGAUCAUCGAGUUCACUCACGCGCUGCCUGGCCUCCCAGGGACGGUUGGGGGCGAGAAGGGUGGCGCGGCCCAGGCACCGGAGAAGGCCGUGGAUGAAAACUGCAACAACGCGUUUUGCUUGGAGGGUCCCAGGGGUAGCUCGGAGCUCUCCAGCGCUCCGGAACAGGACGGUGGUCCCUUCGAGAGAGCUCCUUUCUCUUGGGGCAGCCCGGAGGAGGAGGAGGAGGAAGAGAGGGAAACGGGGGCACCGGCCGACCCUGCGGCCCCCUCUCCUCCUGCCAGCUGGGUGAGAUGCUCCCCCCCGCCACGUUUGCACCGCCAGCACCUCGUUGGCCUGGAGGGGGUCACUCAGGGCAGCACGAGCACUGAGCCCGAGCCAGCUCCCUCGGGGGGCUAUGCUGGAAACGGGCAGUUUUCCUUGGAGGAGAGGGGAAUGGGCUUCCUGCCCUGGACACGCUGGGGCCCCAAUCCCAGAGAGGCUCCUCCAGAGGGCCCCGGGGCCCAUCCCCUCGGCUGCCCCCUCCCUCGCCGCUCCAGCUGCGACGGCGCCAAAGACUCCAGCCAGGGGACCGGCCUCGUGAAACAGCUGGCCAAGGACCUGGAGGCGUGCCUGCGGCAAGCUGGCCUCACCCCGCCGUCCCAGAUGAAGCGCUCGGCCUCGCUGGCCAAGCUGGACUGCCUGGGCUCCCUGAAGGACGACCUGCCGGGGGGCUGCUGCCUGCCUGCUGGUGCCAGUCCGGCAUCCCUGGAAUCUCUCCGGGGCCCCCCUGGCCCCGCACUGGGUCCUGCCGUCCCCUCGUCCACCCUCCCAUCUCCCCGGCCCGCAAGGCAUUUUGUGGAACCCGUCAAGAUGCAGGAAAGCCUCGCCCUGAGUCAGCCGGUGGAGAGGCCCUCGGCCCAGUACGCCCGGGACUUUGCCCCGACCUUUCCCCCCGCAGAAGGAACGUGGACUUGGGCCCAGCUGGCCACGCUCCCUCAAAACCCCCCCGCCAGAACUCGACUGCCCAGGAGGUUAAAAAAGUCAAACGAGAGAAGAAGAACCCCUAAUCCCGUAUAUAAUACGAUGUGAUCGUUGGCUCGGUUUCCCUUCCCAUCCCUUGUCCCCACCCCACCCCACCGACUCUUUUCACAGUACCUUUGUUGCGUUCUUCAGUUGGGGCAGAUGUAAUAUAUAAUGAAACAUGCACUUUAUUAGUUAGGUUUUUUAUAUGUUCUUGUUUUUACAGUUCCUACUUGCAUGUACAUUUUGAGGUGGCUGAAUUCAAGGUAAACCCCCCCCCCCAUCUGUACGAGUGACUGCAAGGUCCUAUGGUGGCGUUUUGUAUUGCUGUUUUUUUUUUGGUUUUGUUGUUUUCCUAUAAAAAUAUUUUACCUCUAAUGAACUUUUUUUUUUUUUUUGCUUUGUCUUAAAAGAACACCCUUCCUUAAAAACCAAGCAGGAAAGAGGCGCA